AUGGCCGCCCUUAUUUUCACCCCCGCUCUGCACCUUCUUCCGUCCCUGCCCUCCCGUGCUUCGCUCUUCCGGAAAUCGACGCCACGCUCGCUGCCGUCACCUGCGGCCGCGCGCUCGCCGCAGCGGCAAUCACGCGCGGCGAACAAUGCGGGGCGAGCCCGCGUGGUGAUUGCAGCGGGCGGAGCGGGCGAGGAUGGCGGCCAACAUGCCACGUCAAUUCGUGCCUCCCCUCUCUCUGCUCCCCAUCCCCACCUCCGCCCACCAGUGCCUGUAGCAGUCCCCUCCGCCCACCAGUGCCUACCCCUCCCAGCGCACGGCCGACAGGGCGGACUGUCAUGGCCGCCCCCACGUCUCCCUCACCCUCCUUUCAUGUACCAUCCGCCUCCCCACGUCUCCCUCACCCUCCUUUCAUGUACCAUCCGCCUCCCCACGUCUCCCUCACCCUCCUUUCAUGUACCAUCCGCCUCCCCACGUCUCCCUCACCCUCCUUUCAUGUACCAUCCGCCUCCCCACGUCUCUCUCACCCUCCCUCUUUCAUGCACCCUCGCCCUCCCCACGUCUCCCUCACCCUCCCUCUCCACUGGACCCUCACCCUCUCUCGCUGCCCCUCUUUCCCCCUCCCUCUCUCUCCGCCCGUGCUGCUCAUCCCACCCUCCCCUUGCCCCCUCGCCCGCCAUCACAUCAGUGCCGGUGCUGGACCCCGCCACGGUGGACGCCGCCCACACGCGCGCCCUGCUGCGCCACCACGGGCUCGCCGCCUCCACGUCGCUCGGCCUCUCGCUCGACAAAGACAUCUCCAGCGCCGACCCCCAUGUUGCCGCCCGGGGCGAGCAGCUGCUGAUGUCAGCGCUGGCAGUGGCGGCGGGCAUAGGCGCGUCGCACCUGACGGGCGUGACCUUCAGCGCUAUUGCCAAGUACCCCACGCCCUUCCCGGGCGGCAGAGCACGCGACAACAUGGUCGGCGCACUCAGGCGCGUGGCGGCGCGGGCGGCGGAUAGCGGCGUGACGUUGGGGCUCGAGGUGGUGAACCGAUAUGAGAGCAACGUGCUCAACACGGCGGCGCAGGCGGUGCAGCUGGUGGAGGAGGUGGGGCACAGCAACGUGGUGGUGCACCUCGACUCCUACCACAUGAACAUCGAGGAGAGCAGCCUGGCUGACGCCGUGGCGCUGUGUGGCAGCAAGCUGGGCUACGUGCACAUCGGCGAGUCACACCGUGGCUACCUGGGCUCAGGUACGGUGGACUUCCCGCAGCUGUUCCGAGCCUUGGCGCGCGCGCAGUACAGGGGCCCCAUCACCUUCGAGUCCUUCUCCUCCGAGGUGGUCAGCCCCACCCUCUCCAACACCCUCGCCGUCUGGCGCAACCUGGGGGCGCAACCUGUGACGUGCUCCUCUCACACCACCCAUGCCGCACCACGCAUGCCACAUGGCCUCCCAGCAUUGCCCAGCAUCCAAGCUCAUCUGCCUACCACGUUUGCCCACCACGUGCCUUCUUUCCCCGCCUCUCUCCCGUCCUCUCCUCUCUCUACAUGUGCCUCUCCCUGGCGCGCGCCUCACUUACCCCCCGCUCCCCCCAGCUGGGAUGACUCGGACCACCUGGCAGCGCACGCUUAUGCCUUCAUGUCCUCGCAGUGGUCCGCCGCCCUCCGCGCCUCACGCCCACCCACCGUGUCCGUCUGA